AUGGCCAGAAACGAUACGCCCCACAUUCCUACCGCCUUCAACACCUAUUUCUCGAGACAAAUCCACCCAAGUCGCAGCAUGGACACCGAGCUCAUUCGGACAUGGCAGCUCAUCAGCGAGCUCAGCGAGCAGCUGACGUACAACCAGAAGAUGGCACAUAGUCUGCAGUCACAGGCUGGUUUGCUCAAGGAGGAGGCCCACCACACAAGUCAGGGAUUUACGUUGCGGAGAUACAACACGGACAUUUCCAAAGAGGUCUUUGAGUCUGAACUGGAACGCACGAAUGCCCAAAUUAUCAUCGAAAACCAGACGUUACAGCAUGAAAACAAGCAGCUGAGCAUGCUCUUGAAGGAAUAUGAAACGACGCUGGAGACUAUCAUGAACAAAUUCAGGACACACGCACUUGCAGCUCAGCAACACGAAUUGACCCUAACGCGCCACUAUGAAAGCCUACUCCUCGCUCGGGACUCUCAUUCACUUUCCACAGACUUGACUUCGUCGACGAGCAUAAUGCAAUCCUUGCAGAGGUUAGCGCACCAUCUCCGCGCGCUCCUCCGAACGAUGGCAGGAGAGGACCCAGAAGAAGCAGACUUUCACAUGAUGGAUCCAGACUACGACGGCUCAGGGAUUGACUUGAAGGAGCUGGAGUCCCUUAUCGACGCGCUUGACGAGAGAGGUGCGCCCGGAUACGCAGGCAUCGAGGGGAGGCAAGAUUGGGCACUGGAGCGGGAAGCUGAAAUCGCACGACUCGAACAGGAGAACGAGGAACUGCGACGAUUACUAGAAAUCGACCAGAAGACCAUGGAGGAGAAGGGCAUCACACUGGAUUUGGAGCGAUUCGAGAGCGGGAGGACCAUCCUCUCUAGGCGGCCACCACCUGAAGACUUCCACCAACGACCACAGUACUGGGAGUCACCAAACCCUCAGCAGCAGUUACAGCAUUUACAGCAGCAGCAGCAACAAGGCGGCCAACUCCAGAGGCCGCUUGAUUUGCAACAGCAGGGGAUGCGCGCCGGUGGGCCCCAAGCUCGCAGGCCAGGAAUCUUCGGAGGUGGUCAGCAACCUCCGCCGCGACCACCUUUUAAUGGGGCGGGCAGGGGCGUGUCUAUGGCUCUUGGCCCACCACCCAACAAUGCAGCGCCUAUGUGGUCAAACCAGUUGUCCUCUCCAGCACCUCCUCUCGUCGAACGCUCAUGGCAGCCGCCGACAGGUUCCAAUUUCGAGAUGGCUCGCUAG